CGUACCCAAAACUGUCGCCCACGCCCGCCGCUAGGUGGCGAUUACUGUCUUCAGAAAGGUGGGAAGCCGCUAGCGAAAGCCAGAGUACUCCAUCCAGUGUCAACGAUGCCUUCCUCCGAUAUGGAUGUUGAUAGACCGAAGAGUAGAGAAGAUGUCCUGACAGAAAACACAGAUGAUUUCAUCAUAGGCGACCGUGUCUGGGUCAACGGGACCAAACCAGGUUAUAUCCAGUACCUUGGCGAAACUCGUUUCUCUCCAGGCGAGUGGGCAGGAGUCGUUCUUGAUGACCACUCGGGCAAGAACGAUGGGUCCGUGGCUGGAGUCCGGUACUUCCAGUGUGAACCUAAGAGGGGAGUUUUCGCCCGCCUCCACAAGCUCACCCGAUAUCCUCUGCUGCACGCGACGCCAGCACCCACCAAACUGGGCGACGCUCACACGCCUCCACCUAUUCAGAGAUGUCUCACACCCACACGUACUCCUUCCCCAGGGUCUCGCAAUCUCCGGGAGGGUGACCGAGUGCAAGUGACCAGCACGUAUGGCCCUACGAAAACUGGCGUGCUUCGGUACCUUGGACAGACAGAUUUUGCUUCUGGAGAAUGGGCAGGAAUCGAACUGGACGAGCCUCUUGGGAAGAACGAUGGAACUGUGGCGGGAAAGAGGUACUUCCGAUGCUCUCCAAAUUAUGGUCUCUUCAGUCCAGUGCACAAAGUCAGCAAGAUUACAGGAAGCCUGGACAGGCACAGGCGUACUCAUAACUUGGGGCUUCGUGCAUGAAAAGGGACCCAAUAUCUUAAUUCAGUUCAAGUAUCCAUCCGGAGUAACCGCCCACUGAGUGCCCACCGGCCAGCUUCUCCUUGCAAUUCUUUCAGCCUGCAUGUCAUAACGGCUAACUUUCGCUGGACUACCCAAUAUUAUUUUAUUUAGUUUUUAUUAAUAAAGAGUUUAUUCUUUUAA